UAAUAGUUUGUUCCAAUUUUUUUGCGAAGCAAGUUGUGUUGAUACCACAUAAAUAAACCCAUCCUAGUGCAGAUGCAGGCUCGCAGCAAGUCCGAGAUGAAGCCCAUACGGAAGGAGAUCCUCAAUCCGGGCAACGCCUACAUCGAGCUUACCCCGGGCACCAGGGUUAAGUUCCACUUCCAGACGCGCAGGGCUGGCGAGAGCCGCAUCAUCGACGACAGCCGCAAGAUGGAAAAGCCCAUGGAACUCGUCCUGGGCAAGAAGUUCAAGCUGGAGGUCUGGGAGCUGAUUGUGCAGCAGAUGUCGCUCAACGAGGUGGCCAAGUUCACGGUGCACAAGUCGCUCUGCGCCCAGUACCCAUUCAUCUCGAAGACGCUGCGGGACAUUGGCAAGAAGCCCGAGGAGCGACGCCACUGCUGCGGGAUGACGCUGCAGAACGAGGGCAUUGGGUACACCGACCUGGACGAGCUGCUGCAGCAUCCCGCCGAGCUGGAGUUCAUCAUCGAGCUGAUCUCCAUCGAGCUGCCCGAGCAGUACGAGAAGGAGCGCUGGCAGAUGUCCGACGACGAGAAGAUGCUGGCCACCAGCACGCUGCGCGAGCGGGGCAACAACUUCUACAAGGCGAGCAGGUUCUCGGAGGCGGAGACCUGCUACCGGGAGGCGGUGGGCAUUGUGGAGCAGCUGAUGCUGAAGGAGAAGCCCCACGACGAGGAGUGGCAGGAGCUGGCGGCCAUCAAGACGCCGCUGCUGCUCAACUAUGCGCAGUGUCGCCUGAUCGCCGGCGAUUUUUAUGCAGUGAUCGAGCAUUGCAACGAGGUGCUCACCCUGGAUCCGCGCAACGUGAAGGCACUGUUCCGGCGGGCCAAGGCCCAUGCCGGCGCCUGGAAUCCGAUGCAGGCGCGGCGAGACUUCCUCGACGCCCUGGCCCUGGAUGCCAGCCUCAAGACGACCGUGUCCAAGGAGCUGAAGUCCAUCGAGGAUCAGCAGCAAGCCCGUAACGUCCAAGACCGCAUUCACAUGCAGAAGCUGUUCUAGAACAUAAGUUGCGUCAACGUGCUGCUCAUGCUGCUUGUCUAUUGGAGCAGCUACCUGCAGCGCUAGCAGUACCUGUCCCUUCCCCCAAUCCUCUCGCUGGCCGUCACCUUUGCGCACGGCCU